AUGGCAGCGGGACAUCUCUCGCAAGAAGAGCUCGACGAGAUCUACGCCUUCGCCGUAGAUCUCGGUCGCAAGGCGGGCAAGAUCUUGAUGGAGCGUGUGGACCAGCGCAUCUCCGGCAGCGAGGGCCACUCACAGAAGUUCGAGGAGAAGGACAACUCAGUGGACAUUGUGACCCAGACAGACGAGGAUGUUGAACAGUUCAUUUCAAAUGCCCUUAAAAAGAAAUACCCAACCCACAAAUUCCUCGGUGAAGAGACCUACGCAAAGGGUCAAUCACGCGACUACCUAAUUGACGAGCAACCGACGUGGUGCAUCGAUCCACUGGACGGAACGGUCAACUACACGCAUCUCUUCCCAAUGUUCUGCGUCUCCAUUGGUUUCAUCGUGCAGCAUCGUCCCGUCAUCGGCAUCAUCUACCAGCCCUUCCAAGACCAACUCUUCUCCGCCUGCAGCGGCCGCGGCGCCUGGCUCAAUGAGUCGCGUCGGCUUCCGCUUAUCCGCAACCCGUCUAUCCCGCCCAUGCCGCCUAAUGCGCCGGCGCAAUGUAUCUUUUCUUGUGAGUGGGGAAAGGACCGCAGGGAUAUUCCUGAUGGGAAUCUGUCGCGCAAGAUUGAGAGUUUCGUGAAUCUGGCUUCGGAAUUGGGCUCACGUGGUGGGAAGGGUGGUAUGGUGCACGGUGUGCGGAGCUUGGGGAGUGCGACGCUGGAUCUGGCAUAUACGGCUAUGGGAUCAUUUGAUAUUUGGUGGGAGGGUGGUUGCUGGGAGUGGGAUGUUGCUGCUGGUGUCGCUAUUCUUCUCGAGGCUGGAGGACUCGUGACGACUGCUAAUCCGCCUGAGAACAUUGAUACAGCUGAAAUUGAAGAUGUCUGUCUUGGAAGCCGGUUGUAUCUGGCUAUUAGACCUGCUGGGCCAUCGGCCACCGAGACUGGCCGCCAGUCGCAGGAACGCACUGUCCGUGAGGUCUGGCGGCGGGUCCGUCAGUUGGAAUACUCGCGACCCGGCGCGUAA